AAAGAAAGCGCGCCAAAAACUAUCAUGGCCGCAGUGACCUGAAACCUGGGUCUGUGUACAGUCCGCAGUCAAUAGGUGCAAUACUCGAAGAAAAUUCCUGAAGCAUUUGUUUUAGGCUCAGCUGCUGCCAUCGAGCAACUGGUCCAACACACACACACACACACACACACACACACACACACACACACACACACUGAACCAACAUCUAUAAAGAGACCAGAAAGCUGUGGUAUUUCCAUUCAUCUCUCUUCGGGUCUCUCGGCCACAGGCAGGACUCAGCUGCAGUCAGGAUGGCAGAGAAGAAGAUGUCAACGAGCCGGAGGAAUCAGCUCAAGAGCUUGCUGCUGCAGAUCGGUGAGGCGAUGCUGGAGGAGGAGGAGAGGGAGGCCGAGAAGGAGAAGAUGAAGUACAUGGAGGAGAGCUGCCAGGCCCUCUCCGUCCCAGGCUGCAUGCAGGAGCUCCAGGAGCUGUGCCGGAAACUUCACAAGCAGAUUGAUUUGGUGGAUGAGGAGCGAUACGACAUGGAGAUCAAAGUGACAAAGUCCAACAAGGAGAUCAACGACCUGAAGUUGAUGGUUCAGGAUCUGAAGGGGAAGUUUAAGAAGCCUGCCCUGAGGAAGGUGCGGAUGUCGGCCGACGCCAUGCUGGCAGCUCUGCUGGGCUCCAAACAUAAAGUGUCCAUGGACCUGAGAGGCAACCUGAAACAGGUCAAGAAGGAGGUGAAAGAGGAGGAGAAGCAAACAGGCGACUGGAGGAAGAACAUCGAAGACAAGGCCGGGAUGGACGGCAGAAAGAAGAUGUUCGAGACAGACGCUUAAACAUCAGUGUGUUGUUCUGUUGAGGUUCAGUGUCAGCAUCAUUCAUUUCUGUGAUUAUGUGAGUCCACAUCGUUGGCAGUUUUUUAUAAAUGAUAAAAGAAAUAAAUCAUGUGGUGUGUUUAAGAA